AUGGCCAACUACCUCGCAUCUAUCUUCGGAACAGAGCAAGAUAAGACUAUCCUCCUACCGAACCUAUAUCAGAACCCGCAAUAUGACCCCAAGAAUAAGAUGAACCCCAGCCAGCUGCAGAAUCACUUCGACGCCUUCUACGAGGACUUUUGGUGUGAGAUGUGCAAGUACGGCGAGAUUGAGGAGGUGGUGGUGUGCGAGAACAAUAACGACCACUUGAUUGGAAAUGUAUAUGCUAGAUUCAAGUACGAAGACUCUGCACAAAAGGCCUGCGAUGCGUUGAACUCCCGCUGGUACGCUGCUCGACCGAUAUACUGCGAGCUAUCGCCCGUCACGGAUUUCCGAGAAGCGUGCUGCCGACUGAAUAGCGGCGAAGGGUGUGUGCGAGGUGGAUUCUGCAAUUUCAUCCACCGCAAGGAGCCCAGCGAGGAGCUUGACCGGGAGCUGGAGCUUUCCACGAAAAAAUGGCUGAGACUGCGCGGCCGGGACGAGCGGAGUGUUACCCGCAGCCCAAGCCCGGAGCCCACGAGGAAGCGGUACUGA